AUGUAUUCUCACGAUAACAUUAUUUGCGGUAUUACUAGCGUAGCUUUCUCAAAAUCUGGUCGGCUGUUAUUCGCUGGAUAUGACGAUUUUAACUGUAAUGUCUGGGAUUCAAUGAGGCAAGAACGAGCAGGUGUGUUAGCGGGGCAUGAUAACCGAGUAUCAUGUCUUGGAGUGACGGAAGACGGUAUGGCGGUUUGCACUGGCUCAUGGGACAGUUUCUUGAAGAUUUGGAACUGA